AUGGUGAUCGUACGAUUCUCAGCAUCAAAGGUGGCGCUUGUGACGGGAUUGCAUGAAUUUGGUGAUAUAAUGGAGGCGUUUCUUGAAUGCGUGUAUCAAGAUCGAGAGGAGCUACUGGUAUCCGAUGCUGCUCGACUCCAGCUGCAUCUCGUGUCUAAAGAUGAGGAGCUGGAGCUGCUCGUGCAAAAGAGUGGGGCGGCAGCAGCUCCACAGCUUCGAGCAGCACUUUGUUGGGCUAGAGACAAAGUAACUCCUGCUAAUAUGGACGUAGUACAGAGGCUGCUAAUAGACGUGGAUCAACGACUGAAGGUGGCACACAAGAGCAAGAAACUCGCAAACGACGAAGCGCAAGAGGUGCGGAAGCUAUUGGCCGAAAAGAUUCACACAAGUGCUGGCACACGCAAUGAAUUGUUGGCUCUGGAGGCUUAUGAACGGCAGACUGGGUCCAAGGUCCGGCACACGAAUGAACAUUUUUACUUUCUCACUUUUCCAUUGCUGCCGAAGACAAAUCGUGUCAAGAAUGCAGAAGAAGUUUCUAUUGACUACUCGCUGCUGGAUGAACAAUGUCAGCGCACAAGAAUUCCCAGGAAACAGCGGAUGCUCGAGUCGGAGACUAUGAAUUUGACAAUGGAGGAUGAGAAGGAAGAGAGGUCGACCGAUGGCUAUUUCUCGAUUUGCGGCAUGGUAGACGGUAUAACAGACGCGUUGACUAUUUCAGCAGAUGAUGAGUGGGAGAUGAUGCCCGUUGUAGUGGAGAUCAAGAACCGUAUGCGUGGCUUUCGAAAUCCACCGCCGCUAUUCGAUCAUAUUCAAUUAGCUGUCUACAUGAAAAUGCUAGGAGUUGAACACGGAGACUUGGUGGAAUGUAUCUACAAUGCCACCUCCAACCCCACUAUCAGAGUUUCACGCGUGUCGUUGGGUGUUGCACCGCUUUGUCUUCCUAUGUCUUCGACGGGACGAGGACGAGAUAUUUGGACCGAAGUUAUCGUACCGCGGUUAUAUGCCUUUACAGCAACUGUGCAAAAGCUGCGCGAUGAGGAGCUGUUGCGGCUUGCUUUCCUAAAUGGCACCAAGGAAGAACGACUCGCAAUAGUGCGUGCUGAGUGCGACUUUUUGUGA